CGCUACUACUCUUAAAACACACGAACUUUCUUCACCUUAUUCUUCCUUCACCAGUUGACUCGCUUUCUCCCUCUCUCUGAAUCUCUCAGUCUUCACCAGAAUGAUGAACUUCAACGACCAAGAUCCAAUGGCCACGCCCGAAGAAAAGAACUCUAGUUCUACCACCUACGCAACGAGCAGCAAAAUCAUGAUAAGCGCCAUUGUAAUCCUCUUCUUCGUCGUCAUUCUAAUUGUCUUCCUCCAUCUCUACGCUCGCUGGUACCUCCUCUGCGCUCGAAGACGCCACCUCCGCCGCCGUAACCGCCGCGCUACAAUGGUGUUCUUCGCCGCCGACCCUUCCACCGUAAUCCCCACACGCGGUCUCGACCCUGCCGUCAUAAAAUCUCUCCCCGUUUUCACUUUCUCAGCGGCGACACAAAAAGAUCCUAUCGAGUGCGCCGUCUGUCUUUCCGGGUUCGAAGAGACCGAGUCGGGUCGGGUUUUGCCCGGUUGCAAACACACUUUUCAUGUUGACUGCAUUGAUAUGUGGUUUCAUUCUCAUUCCACGUGUCCUCUCUGCCGCUCUCUCGUCGAGCCUCACGCCCGAAGUGAAACACCGACGGCGGAGGAGGAGCAAGUGGUGAUCACAAUUUCUUCUGAACCGGUUUGUGCAACUGAACCGGGUUCGAGCUCUGGAUUGAGUGAUGAACCGGAAGAUUUGGGGAGAAAACCGGCGGCUAUCGAGGUGCCAAGGAGGAACUUCAGCGAGUUUGAACACGAGUCGACUCAAAGCUCGCCAUUUAGGUCGCCCAUGAUGAGUCGGAUGUUAUCUUUCACUCGGAUGUUGAGCAGAGAUCGUAGAAAUGCUUCGUCGCCCGUUGCCGGGGCUUCGCCUCUAUCUCCGUCGUGGAGCUGUCAGAUACCGAUGGCCGAGCCAGAUAUCGAGCGUGGAGAAGAACAGACUAUGUGAUUCUGCCACGUGGACGUUUUUUAUUGGUUUUAGCAAGUGACACAACAAUUUUAUUACAGUAUUAUAAAGUCAACAAGCCUUUGUCGAGAGUUGUUGAUUUCAGAGCCCGUGAACACGUGGCGUAAUCUGAGUUGUUAACGAGUCAAUAGAGAAGAUGUGCAUACGUAGUCAGUCGUCGAUGUUGAAUUUUAUUUCAUAUUAAAUUUUUUCUUUAUUCCUUUU